CACGAUUCGAAAUAAUUGGGACAUUUCGGGGUUGAUAAAACUUUGAAGGCAUUGCAGUUGUUUUAUUACUGGCCAGAUAUGGUGACGGACGUGCAGCGUUACUUGGCCGCGUCUCCAAUCUGCCAGCGAAUGAAAUCAUCACAUCAGCGACCGACAAGACUGUUGCAGCCCCUCGAGCCACCUCAACGCCCAUGGCAAUACGUGACGAUGGAUUUCGUCACAGGUCUACCUGCCGCAUCCAGCGGAAACGACGCAGUAUUAGUGGUCGUCGACAGAUUGACGGAAAUGGUGCAUUUCGCACCAUGUCGUACAACCAUCACAUCCGAAGAAACUGCGCGACUGUUCAUCUCGGCCAUUGUUAAUCUACACGGGAUACCAGCAGCAAUCAUCAGCAAUCGCGAUCCGAAGUUCACGUCGAAAUUUUGGCAGGACACAUGGGCUCGGUACGGCACGCGCCUGCAAUUCUCAUCCGCUUAUCAUCCCCAAACGGAUGGUCAGACAGAGAGGACAAAUCAAACGAUGGAGCAGCUGAUUCGGACAAACUGCUCCGACCGAAACAAAUGGGAGGACGCACUUCCCAUGUUGGAAUUUUCCUACAACAAUGCGCCCUCAGCUUUGACUGAUCACUCCCCGUUUUACCUCAAUUACGGGAUGGACCCGACAGUACCUAUCUCUACCAACGUUGAGAGUCAACUAGGCUCGGGUGCCUUUGGUGAUGUCUACAAGGGCGUGUCUCCCCGCGAUGGCACCACUGUGUGGGCUAUCCUGCAAAUGGCCGACAAGAACCAUCCCAACCUUGUGCGGCUGCUGGGGUUUGCGGUUGGAGGGGACCUAAGGGUGAAAAUCGAGCAGAUCUUGAUCUACGAGUUCGUGCCCAACGGUGACCUGCACAAGUGGAUCGAUCCCGAAGCAUCCAACCCUCUCAACUUUAAGCAGCGGCUGGACAUUCUGAUCGGCAUUGCACGUGGCUUUGAGUACCUCCACAGCUUCGACAUUGUGCACCGUGACAUCAAGCCAGCCAACAUCCUCAUCACUUCUGACAUGCAGGCCAAGAUCGCAGACUUUGGGCUUGUGAGGGCGGGAGAGGGCACCACAGUGGGCACCACUCGGAUCAUGGGAACACCGGGCUAUGUGGAUCCAGUUUACUCCAGGACGUCCAAGGCAACUCCUGCCAGCGACGUCUACAGCUUCGGUGUGCUCAUGCUUGUGGUCCUCACCAGACAAGCUCCACUCACUGAGUCUGCUACUGGAGAAACCAGACAGAUAACCCCAUGGGCAUCCGAGUGUCCAGAAGAUGAAGGAUGAUUUUGGAGAUGUGGAAAGUUUUGAGGCG